GGCCACACUGAAGCGCGGGAAAGCCGUCAGCUGUCAUCACAAAUUGCCUGAAAAAGCGAGAGAAUCCCGGUAAAAUUAUAUACAAAUCGCAAUUUACUACCUGAAGCAGUCAAAUAUUUUGUGCAAACUAAAACCAACGCAUCUAUCAAGGUCAAACCAUAAAAAGAAAGGGACAAAAGAAAAACUUGCAAAAAAGCGCGUCGUCGACGGCGUCUGGAGUACUACUUGCUGUAGUUUGUCGGUCGCAGAUCUAUUCCGAGAAGUACAGUCAUGGCUAAGGUGCACAUCACAAACGUCGUGGUACUGGACAACCCGAGCAGCUUCCACAAUCCCUUUCAGUUCGAGCUAACCUUUGAGUGCAUCGAGGAACUGAAGGAGGACCUCGAGUGGAAGAUGAUCUACGUGGGCUCAGCCGAGUCUGAGGAGCACGACCAGGUGUUGGACACCAUCUAUGUGGGCCCAGUGCCUGAGGGGCGGCACAUAUUCGUCUUCCAGGCAGACCCUCCAGAUGUAAGCAAGAUUCCGGAGGCAGAUGCUGUGGGCGUCACUAUUGUGCUCUUAACCUGCUCAUACCGCGGUCAGGAGUUUGUUCGUGUUGGGUACUACGUAAACAACGACUAUGCGGAUCCGGAGAUGCGUGAGAAUCCGCCGCCAAAACCCAUCUUCGACAAGCUGACCCGCAACAUUUUGGCCAGUAAGCCGCGAGUUACACGCUUCAAGAUCAACUGGGACUUUGGACACACCAACGGUAAUAGCAACGGCUUGGAAAAUGGUCAUCACGACGAAAUGAUGGUGGAAGACGGUCCCUCAACUUCGGAAGCGGCGGCUGCUGCAGUUACCCAUCAGGACGACGACAACAGCCUAGCAAUGCCAGUGGAGAAUGGAAUCAAGGCGUUGAACGAGAACUCCAACUCCUUGGCCAUGGAAUGUUAAGAGCUGCCGGCAGUCAAACUGUUUUCCUUGUCCAAACACACACAUACAUGAACAGAAACACAGACACUAAAACUCAUUGGGCGCUGACUUGAGGGAAUCCCCCGCCUGAAAAACACACAUAGUCCUCCUCGCUCCCCUAAUUAAGUAAUUAUAAUUUAAAGAAGUUAAAUAUAAACGUAUAUAUAAA